UCGACCAAGUGUCAAAUCUUUGUCGUCACUCACACUGCCACAUUUUUUAGAAACGCGUUAAUAGUUUUACUUGUGGCACACGAUGGCAGCUGACAUGCAGAACAUUAAAGAGGGAUGGUUCACGGAAACCAGCCCGUUGUGGCCUGGGCAAGCCACCAGCUUCCAAAUAGAGGAGGUCCUCCACCACAAGAAAUCCAAAUUUCAAGAUGUUAUGGUUUUCAAGAGUAAAGCCUAUGGGAACGUCUUGGUGCUGGAUGGAGUGGUCCAGUGCACCGAGAGGGAUGAGUUUGCCUACCAAGAGAUGAUUGCCUACCUUCCCCUGUGUAGCCACCCUAGUCCCAAGAAGGUGCUGAUCAUUGGGGGUGGAGAUGGUGGAGUCCUCAGGGAAGUGGUGAAGCAUCCACUGGUGGAGUCAGUGGUGCAGUGUGAGAUCGAUGAGGAUGUCAUUAAUGUGUCGAAGAAGUUCCUGCCAGGGAUGGCCACAGGCUUUUUCAGUCCCAAGCUUACCCUUCAUGUUGGAGACGGCUUCGAAUUCAUGAAGCAGAACCAGGAUGCUUUCGACGUCAUCAUAACUGAUUCCUCAGACCCUGUCGGUCCCGCUGAGAGUUUGUUCAAGGAGUCUUACUAUCAGCUGAUGAAGACGGCAUUGAGAAAGGGUGGAAUUAUUUGCUCCCAGGGAGAGAGUCUAUGGCUCCAUUUGGACCUGAUAAAGGAGAUGCAAACCUUCAGCAAGACCCUAUUCCCUGUGGUGGACUACGCCUACAGCACCAUUCCAAGUUAUCCCAGUGGCCAAAUUGGAUUCAUGCUCUGCAGUAAAAAUCCUGAAACAAACUUCCGAGUGCCAUUGAACGAAUUGUCACAAGAAGAGCGAGAAAACAUGAAACUUCGGUAUUACAACCCAGAAAUUCACAAAGCAUCAUUCGUCCUUCCUGAGUUCAUGAGAAAGGUACUCUCUGAAGCAUGACCAGCAACAGCAGAUGCCACUGUUCAUCCUCUACCUGGCCCUCAGACCACAGUCAUACAACCUUGUUCUACAGCUUCUUCACCUCCUCAAUAAUGGUCACCAUUCAGCUCCACUAAAGAGAUUCGCCUCCUGUUGAUUUUAUGUGUAGGUGGACACUAAUGAUCAGUGGGUAGGAACAUGCUGAGUUAUACUGAGAAAGUUCUGAUGUUUUUCCUCCUUCCAGUCCUACAAGCUCGUAGUGUUUAUUUAUUUUUCUCAAGUAUUUGGUUUUUCACUUGUACUCUCUGUAAUUGUCUUAUCAGCAUUGUGUGAAGAGCAGUUUAAUGGGUUAGGCUGAGUGGGAAGAGCUUUGCCAUCAAAUCUGACCUCACUCUGAAACAAUGUACUGUUUAUUGGAUUCACUGCAUCUACACAGUGUGCAAUAUAUAUUGCACAC